AUGGUCGAGUCGUGGUGCUCAUUGUGGUCGAUUGGUGCGGUCAUGAGUGGUCUUGGUGCCAUGGUCGAGUUCGAUGGCGCGAUGGUGACUAGUCUUGGUGCUGUCUUGGCUGGUGCUAGUCUGUCAGUUAUUCUGUGGUGCCGUCCGGUCUUGGAUCGGUGCGUGCUGAUGCGAGUGCGGUCUGGUGCUGGUCAUUGGUGCACGAUCGGUGGUGGUGCUAGUCUUGGUGGCAU